AUGCCCCAGAAUACGACUGCUAACCAAUAUUUCGAAGCUGAGCGAAUUUUGGAUGAAAGAACUAUGGAAGAUACGACAUUUUACUUGAUAAAGCAAACUGAUGAUAGUUCAAGUGUUGGCACUUCCGUUGCUGUUAAACAUUCAAAAAUACAACGCCAAUCACUUCGUCCUAUUCAAAUUUUGCUUCCCGUUCCUUUAUCAAAGUUACAACAAAUUGCUUAUCGAAAGGCAAUUGAUAAACCUCAAAUUUUUAAAUAUUUGGCUGAGACCAAUUUGUCUACCCCUCCCGAGCCAGAUUCAAUUAUAUACCAGGUUAAGGAUCAAUUACUUAAGAUCGUUAACCACCUGUCUCUGCUUUUAUCGUCAAGUCCUAGUUAUUCCCAUGGACCUAACACUUCAUAUCAAACUUUUGAGACGGGAAAGUUGGUGAUGAUAAAACAUUUGUUAAAGGGAUUAAGGCAUCAUGAUCUUACCCUCGGUAUUGCAAUUCCACAAGGUCCAAUAAUGAAUAAAAUCAUUAAAGAUUUCAUGAAAACGCAUAAUCUUAAUUAUGAUAUUUUGAAUGAAACUGCAAACAGGAGAACAUCAUCCAGGGUGACAACUUCUAACGAGGACAAGUUACGUUGUAUCGUUUUCACAGCACCUUUACCAAGGAUGAAUGAUGAUGAAUUGCCACAAUUCGACUUGGUAAUUGCAUAUGACACAAGUUUUAAUCCUAGGAAACAUUUAUGGCACACUAAGGCAAAUGAAAACAUUCCAAUUAUUAGAUUAGUCACAAAACUUACCCUUGAACAUGCUCUUAAUUAUCAAAUGUUGCAACAGUCUGAUAAUUUAUUAUUCUCAAAUUUAUCGUUAUUUCAAAUGAAAAGAAUUUUACAAUUUGGAUUGUGGAAAAAAAAUCAAUGCAUUGAAGCAGGUUGUGAAUUACGACAAUUUGAUAUUCAAGGAACAUGUGACAGAGUUUUUCAAUGGAUAAAUGACGGAAUGCUAAGAAACUUAACAUUUGGGAUGGAAAUUGCCGUUGAAAAGGUUUGGGGUAAAAGCAUUCCAGCGGAGCAUGUCACACAUGAUAGAUCACGUCUUAUCGCAACAAGUCCUAGUAAUAGAGAACGUAGAGACCUCCCAUCUUCAAGAGCCGAAAAGCGAAUUUCGGAUGUCAAUGAUGAAGGAAGCAUCAAAAAAAGAAAAGAUAAAGACACUGCACAGAAUGAGGAACUUUUUCAAAAGAAGAAAAAAUUGAAGAUCAAUGAAGAAACUUCCACCGAAGUAUCAAAUUUCAUUUCGGUUAACGAUAGCAAUCAAGCAUCAACAUCGUUAACGAUAUCAACUUCAAAUAUAUUAUCACCCACAGAGCCACUAACUGAAUCACCAAUAGAACAAGUUAAUUCGACGAAUUUGAAUAAAUUCAAGCAAAUUCCAUCACCAAAGAAUUCACGAGAUGAAUUUCCCAGGGAUUCACGUAGGAGUUCAUUAAAAGAUUCAACCAAAGAUUCACCUGGCAAGAAUAAAGAAACGACACAAGAUUCUUGCAGAGAUCAUCCAUCAACUUCUAAAAAUCCUAACCGAGAAAAUAGCAGGUAUCUUUCCGGGGAUCCCAACAAGUAUGUUAAAGGGAGUUCCAAGGAUUCAAGCAAGAAUGGUAAAGAACAGAAGUGUGUGGAGGACAACUUGAUAGAUUGGAAACAAAAAUAUAACGAAUUAUUAAAAUUACAAGAUGAAAAGAUCGAUAACAUCAACCAAGAGAAAGAAAGGUGUUGCAAAAAGGUUAAUGAACUUAGUUCAGACCUAGCAAAGGCAAGAACUCAAAUCGGAGAAUUACAAUCCAGACGCAAGAGAUCCUUGCUUGAAGUUCAAAGUAUUGAAUUGGAAAAGGUGCGAAUGGAAAUGGCUGACGUUCAAAUUGAAAACAGUAAGUUGAAAUCAGACGCGGAGAAUAGAGAACAAGACACUCACAAGUUGAGAAAAGAAGUAGAAACAUUAAAGAACAGCUUAAAAGCUUGUAAAAGCAAAAUCAAAAGUUUAGAAACGGAAAAUAAUAACCUUAAACAAACUAAAUCAGUUCAAUCGACUUUUGAUAAGACUUCAAAGAAAAAUGAAACAUUUGAAGAUCAGAUAAAAAGGUUAGAAAAAGAAAUAUCAACAUUGCAGUUGCAAUGUGUUCUUCAGAAGCAGGAAUUACAACUUGCUCGUGAAGAUGAUCAAUAUCAUCAAGAUAUUGCGAAUCUUUUAAUGAAAAUGAAAGGAAAGACCAAGGAAGAAAUGGAUGAAAUUUAUCUGGCUAAAAAAAGGGAAGCUGCCCUAUCGAAAUCGACAUCAUCUAAUGUUAAUAAGGAGUCGACUUCGGAUGAAGUAAAUGUAGCAUCUAUUAUCGAGAAUGUUGCCGAGAACGUUCCUGAUGUAGCCGAGAAUGUUUCCGAGAAUGUUCCCGAGAAUGUUCCCGAGAAUGCUCCUGUGAAUGUGAACGUUCCCGUGAAUUUUCCCGUUAUGAAUAAUAAUGUCAAUGGAACAUCAACAACAAAUGCUACAAUUCCUGUAUCCAAUGGGGAUAAAUCUUCAAAAUAUGGGUAUUAUGAUUUAUCAUUAAAUGAAGUGUCCCCCCCGAUUGUAAGUUUUAUAAGUACUACAAGUACUUUUGCUUGUGAUUGGGAUAAUUGUAAAAAAACGUUUGAAAAGAAAGAGGAUUUGAAGAUUCACUUAAAGUCUGAUCAUAAAUUGGAUCCUGGUUAUUCGGUUAAUGUUAUCGAAAUUAGUGAUUAA